CGUGCGUGCGCGCGCGCGGGGAGGAAAAGGGCGUGCUCGUGCGCUCCGAGUCUCGGAGGAAGGGGCGGGCUCGGCGCCGCGGCAGACCCGGACUCGAACCGUGUUCGCUCGGCUGCACUCGCUCCGACGCUCGCGCAGGAAGAGGCGACCGAGGCGGAUUACAAGCGUGUCGACGGCCGGCGGAGCAGCGUGGAGCAGCCGGCCAGGAAGCGAGUCCAAGUCCGGACGGAAGCCGCAGAAGAUGCCGCUGGCUCAGUUGGCGGAUCCCUGGCAGAAGGUGCCGGUGGACGGGACCACGGCGGAGGACCCCCAUCAUGACCCGGACGACUCGGUGGGCGAGGAUGACCCCACCAUAGUCUGCACGGACGACGUGCCCAUCAAGGAGAUCAGCAUCACUCACCAUGUGAAGGAGGGAUCCGACAAGGCCGACCCCCGGCAGUUCGAGCUGCGCAAGGUUCUGGGACAGGGCUCCUUUGGCAAGGUGUUUCUGGUGAGGAAGGUGACCGGCCCAGAUGCUGGACAGCUCUACGCCAUGAAGGUUCUAAAGAAGGCCACGCUCAAAGUGCGCGACCGUGUGAGGACCAAGAUGGAGAGAGACAUUCUGGUGGAGGUCAACCACCCCUUCAUCGUCAAGCUCCACUACGCCUUCCAGACCGAGGGGAAGCUCUACCUGAUCCUGGACUUCCUGAGAGGAGGGGACCUGUUCACCAGACUCUCCAAGGAGGUGAUGUUCACCGAAGAAGACGUCAAGUUCUACCUGGCUGAGCUGGCUCUGGCUCUCGACCAUCUGCAUGGACUUGGAAUCAUCUACAGGGACUUGAAGCCUGAGAAUAUUUUGCUGGACGAUGACGGACACAUCAAGCUGACAGACUUCGGCCUGAGCAAAGAGUCCAUCGACCAUCAGAACAAGGCGUACUCCUUCUGUGGGACGGUGGAGUACAUGGCGCCCGAGGUGGUGAACCGCCGCGGACACACGCACAGCGCCGACUGGUGGUCGUAUGGCGUUCUCAUGUUCGAGAUGUUGACCGGAACGCUGCCGUUCCAAGGAAAGGACCGGAAAGAGACGAUGACCAUGAUCCUCAAGGCCAAACUGGGAAUGCCGCAGUUCCUGAGCUCGGAAGCUCAGAGUCUCCUCAGGAACCUGUUCAAGCGGAAUCCAGCCAACAGACUCGGGGCGGGGCCAGACGGCGUGGAGGAGAUCAAGAGACAUCCGUUCUUCAACACCAUCGACUGGAACAAACUCUUCCGGCGAGAGAUCCAUCCUCCGUUCAAGCCGGCGGUGGGACGUCCGGACGACACCUUCUACUUCGACCCAGAGUUCACCGCCAAGACCCCGCGAGACUCGCCCGGGGUCCCGCCCAGCGCCAACGCCCAUCAGCUGUUCAGAGGCUUCAGCUUUGUGGCAAUAACAGAGGAGGAGAGUCAGGAGCUGCCCGACGCUAUUGUGCAGCACCUCCACCGCAGCACAGCUCAGUUCUCAGACACCUACGACGUGAAGGAGGACAUUGGCGUGGGUUCCUACUCUAUCUGCAAGCGCUGCGUCCACAGAGGAAGCGGGAUGGAGUACGCCGUCAAGAUCAUCAGCAAGGCCAAGAGAGACCCGACGGAGGAGGUGGAGAUCCUGCUGAGAUACGGGCAGCACCCCAACAUCAUCACCCUGAAAGACGUCUACGACGACGGGCGCUCCGUCUUCCUGGUGACGGAGCUGAUGAAGGGCGGCGAGCUGCUGGACAAGAUCCUGCGGCAGAAGUUCUUCUCCGAGAGAGAAGCCAGCGCCGUCCUCUUCACCAUCACCAAGACCGUGGAGUACCUGCACGUCCAGGGGGUGGUCCACCGAGACCUGAAGCCCAGCAACAUCCUGUACGUGGACGAGAGCGGGAACGCCGAGUCCAUCCGGAUCUGCGACUUUGGCUUUGCCAAGCAGCUGCGAGCUGAGAAUGGCCUGCUGAUGACGCCGUGCUACACCGCCAACUUUGUCGCCCCCGAGGUGCUGAAGAAGCAGGGCUACGACGCGGCCUGCGACAUCUGGAGCCUGGGGGUUCUGCUCUACACCAUGUUGACCGGCUUCACUCCCUUUGCUAACGGGCCGGAGGACACGCCCGAGGAGAUCCUGGCCCGGAUCGGCAGCGGCAAGUUCUCCCUCAGUGGCGGGUACUGGACCUCCGUGUCUGCGGAAGCCAAGGACCUGGUGUCCCGGAUGCUGCACGUGGAUCCUCACCAGAGACUGACCGCCGGGCAGGUGCUGCGCCACCCCUGGGUGACCCACCGGGACCAGCUGCCCAAGUACACCCUGAACCGGCAUGACGCCCCGCACCUGGUGAAGGGGGCGAUGGCGGCCACCUACUCGGCCCUCAACAGGAACAUCCCCCCCAUCCUGGAACCCGUGGGCUGUUCCACUCUGGCGCAGCGGAGGGGGGUAAAGAAGAUCACCUCCACCGCCCUGUGACUCAGCUCCUCUGACCUCCAUUUGACCUCUGCCCGGCCCCUCCCCUACCUGAAGGCCCCAUCCGGCUGACAGACUACUGACGGGGGAGACGGGUCCGGACCUCCAGAGAUGUGAUCACAUGACCCCCGUCUGAGCAGGACGGGAGGUUCUACUCCUCCUCUCUGUGACGGUGGAAUCAGCCAGGUUCACCCUCAGUGCCGGCCUUCAGAAUAAAAGCGUGACCGGACCACUUCCUGCUCUCCUCUCAUGGGACCGCAUUUUAGCAAUAAGACUGCCCCUGCUGGCCCGGAGAGUGAACUGCAGCUGAUUCCCCAAAAUUCCAAUCUGAUGUCCUCCAAAGCUCCAGGUGCUGAGCUGGAGAGGCUCCCAGGAGCCGUCCAGCUCCGGCGUCUGAUAGAUCCUGCUGAUUGUAACGUUUCUGCUUCGCUGCCUCUGACUGUGGGAGAAGUGCCCCGGAGUUCAGGUCCCUCGCUGUAAGCACGACCCUCAGGUGUCCUGGUUCCAGGACUGGAGCAGCUCCGUGAGACAAGCUUAUUGAAGAGCCAUUCUAAAUCACUCGCUGGGUUGUGUUUUUGAAAUCCCGAUUCUUCCGUGUCUGUAACAGUGGAACAGGAUGGCGCUGCACCACUGGAGCCGCGCUGUGGUGAUGCCUUCAUGCUCGCCUCUGAAAUCUGGAGAAUGUUUCUGCUGAUCUUCCAUUCGAACCCAAUCUGCAAAUGUACAUUUGUGUCUUAGAGAUGUCAUGAUUCUUUGGGCUCCGCCUCUCAUCAUCAUGUGACUUCCUGCUGCUGCAGCGCCGGCUCCUUUUCCUGCCGGACUUUCUAUAAAACAAUAAAACGGCGACGUGAAGAGCUGGGCCUGAGUUUGAGUUGUGCAGGUUCUCGCCGUCAACAGGUGCGU